AGCCAGAUGUCAAAAGUCUUCCAGUUUCCUCAUUUCGGUGAAACGUUCGUUCGGCUCACAAUUUCUUCGUCGUCUUAUCACUGGUGUUUUCAGCAAUUUUCACAGGUGCUGCCAUUUUGUCCAGUUCAUCUUGAGUAAACAUGGCAGAAAAUGAUUCCAAGCCUCCACCAUAUGCACCUCCACCAUACCCUGGUCUGGCAGAUCCAUCAGCCCAACCCCAGUACCCUCCUCCAGGGCAGGGUUAUGACUGGAGUCAACCACCAACUUCUUUCCUAGGUCAACAUCAACAACCCUAUGCAGGUGCUCCCCCAGUGACCCAUCCUCCAGCCCUGGGAGGUGCAGCAUCAGACAAGCCAGCAGGCUACCCAGUUCAGCCUGGUUAUCCUGGGCAACCUCCUCAGCAACCUGGUUAUCCUGCACAGCCUGGUUACCCAGGGUACCCAGGCUAUCAGCAAGGUUAUCAAGGCUAUCAGGGUUAUCAACCUGGCCCGAUGACAACACAGACCAGCUCAGUCACAGUAGUGGGAGGCAUGGGACCUAGUGUUAUCGUGGCUCCUCAGAUAGCUCCUCCUGAUUAUUGUGGCCUGGCCUGGUUUGCUUGCCUUUUCUGCUUUGCACCAACAGGAAUUUGUGCUAUUCUAAAGUCCACUGAGACUCGUCAAGCUAUUAACCGGGGAGACUUGAUGACUGCCAACCAGCUGAGCUUGGAGACCAGGAAGUUGGCAAACAUGACGAUCGGCAUUGGAAUCACCAUAUUUGUUGUUAGCGCUAUUAUCCGCUUUGCACUUAUGGCAGUUUACUAACAAUGUGUUUAAUAUUUUCCAUGUUUACAUGGAUCAAAACUUUUUAUUUUACUCCACGACUAUCGAUCAAACUUACAUGCAAUUAACUUGCUUUGUAUGUUUGAUGGAUGUUUGUUAGCUUAAGGAGACAUUUUUGAAGUAAGUUUUCACACAUGCUAAAUGGAAACCUCCAAAAGUCUACUUUUAUGUGCCUAGCUUGUACCUAUUUCACUAUCCUAAUGAUUUAACGGGGUAAUUUUGUAGGUUUACAUUGUAUUAUCUAGAGCUGGCAGAGCUGUUAUACAUGUAGUUUACCAAGCAGUUACGCAACUGUACAAUGAAGAUACACUUGAUAGGUUUGAAUAGAAUAUACAUGUAAGUUAGAUUUAAUCCUUCUAAUUCUCCUGACUGUUGCCAUGAUAUUUUGCUUGUCUCCUGGUGAGAAUUAACAUGUAAGCUGGAAAAGACGUUUUCUUUUUGUUAUCAUUUAGACUUGACUGAUGGAAGCUUGUGGUACACUACAGCUGAAAUGUUUCUUUUUGGGGGGGGGGGUGGGUACUUUUCUCUGACUGACUGCAGGUGGAUCUUUGUUUACACAUUUUUUUCGUUGGCAUUAUGAGAUUUCUUUUUCUAAAUUUGUAAAGACUUAAAAGUCAAGUAGGUUUGCAAAAGCUGCAUUUGAGAUAUAACUUGAAAAUUAUCACCAUUUUAGAGUACAUUUAUAUCAGUUUGUCUUUUCGUUUUUUUGGUUGUGCUUAUUACACCAAAUGUAAACAAUGACGUCAUAAAACAUCCACCAAAACUGUUCUUAGUUAUUAUGAAUAACUAUUUGCAUAGAUUACAGCUAUAUAUAUCAGUAUGUGUAACUACAGUUAGAAAGCAAGUUACAGAACAUACCUCGGCCAACUGGAUGUACCAAGUUGAGCAUAGCAGCCAGGGGUAGUCUCUCCUGGCUGUAUGAUUCUGGCUCAACAGAAUACAAGAAAAUAAACGUCUGCAAAGCAAUCACUUUUUUUUCCUUUUUGGCCUUGUAGCUCAGUGGUAGAGCAGCGGAAGGUCCAUUCCGAGGUCGUGGGUUCAAAUCCCUCCUUGGCCAAAAUUCAGUUUCCUUACUACACUCUAUGUAGGAUCAAAAGGAUUCAUAAAUUGUUUGGAGCGUAUUCUCCAGUUCCAAUUCUUCUAGAGAAAAGGGAGAUUGUUUUGCAGUUGAUACAGAGUAGUCACCAGGGGAAGAUGUUAGCCAUAAUGAAAAUGUGUGUUCAUGUCUGCCCCUGACCUUUUGGCAAUUUAUACAAUUGACUUUUCAUUCCUCUGUAGAAGGGCUCUUUCAUUGUUAAAAUAGUAGGGGAAAAAAACCUCUUCAUAUGACUGUUAGUUUUAAAACGUUUUUACAUUACGUGAGUGUAGGCACAGGCUGACGUGUAUCAAGAUACAUGGCAUACUUGUGGUACUGGAUUUCAGUUGUUUUUUUUUUUUUUUUAACCUAGUCACUUAAUGAACUUACAGAACUGAGUAAUGGUCAGUCCAUCCCAGUACAGAACUCACUAUAAACUAGCUAGCAAGAUUGAGCGGUUCUUGUAUGUUGAAUAAGUAUUUGUAAUAAAUUAACGUAUAGCAUCA